CUCUAUUUUUUCUUCCCCGUUGACCGUAGUUCUCUUCCACAUCAACGUGUUUAUCCUCUCCUGUUUCUCCGCUUACUUCUUCUUCAUACAAGUUGUAGAGAAACAAGACUUCCCUCUUCCUCUCCUCCUGGAUCUCAAGUUAUCUCUGUUUAGUGUCUCAUCUUAUCCUCCAUUUUAAUCCUUCUGAUCAAUCAAUGAUAUUCUCCAAGCUCAGCCGCUCCUCACGCGGCUCCAGUCUCUCUAAGGUAAUCCGAUUAACAAUUUGUUUUUUUUCUUCUUCUUCUUGGCUGUAGCGUAACAUGUAAAACUGAUCGUGUUUUGGUUCUGGGUUUCGUUGUAGUGGGAGAAUAUAUCGUGCGGUGGUUGCCGGAGAUCAGCCAUCACCGGCGUGCCGCAGGGAGGUUCGUUUGUCAAUCGAAUCGAUGACGGAGUGGGCUUUCUGAGGAGUUACUUGACUUCUAUUGGGACUGCCAAGAGCUCCUGUGCCAAAAAUUUCGUCUCCAACCUUAACGCCAUCCUUGCAAACCCUAGACUUUGGCGGUUUUUCUCGAGCGGAGCUCCCAAUAAGAAGAUUGAGUUACUCUUCCCGUGUCUCUCUUUCAUGUUGUUGUAUCUGUAUUUAUAUGAUGAUGGUGACGACAAACAUUGGUAGCUCUUUGGUGUUCACAUUGUCUGAAUCGCUUUAUGCAUGUGGGGAGAUUGGUGUAGGAGGACGCAUUUUGUUUCUUAUCUCGGAAGAGAAAUAGGCUGGUGUUUGUAUUCCUCUUCUAGGAAGAUCUGCCGGUUUAAGGCUUUUGCGGAUUCAUUUUCCCUCAUUGAAUGCAAUUGUUGCUCAGUGCUAUAGCCAGAAGUGUCAGGCUGUGAAUGUUCUGAACAUGGCAGAGCUGCAGAACCCAGAGGUGAUGUGGGAUGAUAUGUAACUGAUGCGCUAACUAUGCGUGUUGCUUGCAGAUGAUGAGAGCUUCUAUCCCAAAGGAAAGAAGGAAGCUCCGAAGGGGAAUGGGAAGAAAUCUGAGUCCAAAGGUGAGCCUUCAAUUCCCCAAUUUGCCCCAUUUCCUCACUGGGGAUGCCAGUAUUUUGUUGCACUAUCUUUCUAGAGUUAAGCGCUGACUUGAAAGGUUAAGGUGAUGCUCUCCAAGUCUAGAGUUGAGUUUCAUUGUGACUUGACAGGGGGAAAAACCCUUAAGCUUUCAAAGUUAGCAGAAUAGCUGACAGCUUUUGUUUCUUGUUUGGGAUUUACAUCUCUAUGUAUUGUGUGAUUGUGAUGUGAAUUUUAUCAAAAGAACUAAGCAAUUUGGUUUGCUCGCUAGUUGAUCAUAUAAUUUCGUUUUCCUCUGCCAGAGAAUUCAAAUGCAGAUUAUGAAUGGAGAUUUCACAAGAUGUUUGCGAAACAGUUCAACUUACUUAUCCCUUUAUUAGUGAUUGAUUGGGGUACUUCUUUCUUCUUUUCCUUUUGGCUCGAAUGAGCACCAACCGGUGUGUAUAUCAGCUUUUAUUUUUGCUGCACUGUUGCCUGGAUACAUUUGUUUUGAAGUGUUCCAGGUUCCAUUAAUGUUUACACUAAUUUUCUCUGGCAUUCUGUCAAUAGUUCAGUUUCCAAGAGUUCAAAAACAAGCUUCUCGAGCCUGGUUUGGUGGAUCAUAUAGUUGUUUGCAACAAAUAAGUUGCAAAAGUUUAUGUGAAGAGUGCAAACUCAAACCAGACAGUUGGUGAUGAUGUCCAAGGUCCUAUGACUGCCACUCCUAUUAGAGGACGUAGAGGACAAUAUAAAUACUACUUCAACAUUUGAAGUGUGGAUGCAUUUGAGGAGAAGUUGUAGGAAGCGCAAGAGGCCUUGGGGAUAGACCCUCACAAGUAUAUACCUGUUACAUAUGCCUCGGAGGUUUCUUGGUUCCAAGAAGUGUUGAGGUUUGCUCCAACAUUAUUGUUAAUGGGAACCAUCUUGUACAUGGGAAGGAGAAUGCAAGGUGGGAUAGGCCUUGGUUUUGGUGGUGGUGGAAAAGGUGCAUGUGGCAUAUUCAACAUAGGGAAAGCUCACAUCACCAAAGUGGAUAAAAAUACUAAGAAUAAGGUCUAUUUCAAAGAUGUUGUUGGCUGUGAUGAGGCUAAGCAAGAAAUUAUGGAAUUUGUGCAUUUCCUUCAGAAUCCUAAAAAGUAUGAAGAAUUAGGAGCAAAGAUUCCAAAAGGUGCUCUUCUAGUUGGACCUCUUGGGAUUGGGAAGACCCUUCUAGCUAAGGAAACUAUUGGGGAAUCUGGCGUGCUGUUUUUAUCCAUUUCUGACUCUGAUUUCAUGGAGAUGUUUGUUGGUGUUGGUCCCUCUAGAGUGAGGAAUUUGUUUCAAGAAGCAAGACAGUGUGCUCCAAGUAUUGUAUUCAUCGAUGAAAUUGAUGCGAUUGGCAGAGCAAGAGGACGUGGUAGCUUCAGUGGUGGCAAUGAUGAAAGGGAAAGUACCCUUAAUCCAUUGUUGGUAGAAAUGGAUGGCUUUGGUACUACAGCUGGAGUGGUAGUGCUUCACUAACAUACCGGACAUACUAGACAAAGCUCUUCUGAGGCCCAGAAGAUUUGACCGACAAAUCUCCAUUGACAAGACAGAUAUAAGAGGCCAUGAACAAAUAUUCCAGAUCUAUUUGAAGAGACUGAAGCUUGAUCAGGAACCAUCAUAUUACUCUGAAAGGGUUGCUACCCUCACUCCGGGAUUUGCUGGAGUAGAUAUUGCAAAUGUUUGUAAUGAAGCUGCGCUGAUUGUAUCAAGGAAGUAACAAAAAGUAAUCAAUAUGGAACACUUUGAGUCCGCAAUAGAUAGAGUAAUUGGUGGUUUGGAGAAGAAGAACAGGGUAAAUACUAAAUUUUAUGUGCUUUGAAAUUUCCUAAAUUUAUUGAUCAAAUUGUUGCUUGAUAUUCACUUUCCUUUUCUUAUUGAAAGGAGGAUUGAAACUUACAUUUCUUUCUUCCUUUGGGCUAUCAUGUAAUAAGUAAGCUAGAAUGCCGAACUGUUUAUUAUCAUGAGUCGGGUCAUGCUGUAACCGGCUGGUUCUUGGAGCAUGCACAGCCACUCUUGAAAGUGACGAUUGUUCCUUGUGGUACAGCAUCACUUGGGUUUUCUCAGUAUGUUCCUAAUGAGAACCUUCUAAUGACCCAUGAGCAACUUUUUUAUAUCACUUAUAUGAUCCUUGGUGGUCGAGCAGCUGAACAAGUAACUUGCAGUCUCAUUCAUAUUUUGAAAUAUCAGCAUAAGGCAGAUCUAUUUUUUUAUAAUCUUUAGGAAGUGAGAUUACUUGGAUGCUUGUGGACACCAUAAAUGAUAGGGAGGAAAAUCAAUCUUGAACUUCAUACCAUUGACUUUUAUUCUUUUGACUCUCUCGUGUCAUAUUCAUAUGUGAAAGUCCAGUUAUCUUUGGACAACGUAUGGAACAUAUGAAAAUGGGAUACAAUAUGAGUGUGUUGUUUCUAAACAUAAACUUCUAGUAUAAAUGAGUGUAUUUGGUCGGGUUGAUGAGGAAAUCAAUUAGAUGGAAUAUGAUAUAUUACUAAUUUAUGGGAUAGUAGAUAAUUCGAAAUAAAUGAGUUGAUUAUCGAAAUUAGUCAUAAUUCUAAAUAAAUGAGUUGAUUAUCGAAAUUGACUAAUUCUUUAUUGUAGCUUUUCAGCUUUUAACUAAAAAAGUUGCUUAGUUUUUGUCAAGUCACACAUACCUUUAACAUGAAUUCUUAUCUUUUCCAUUGUCUGAAGGUUUCACAGAUGUGCUUGUUAACAAUCUCUUCACUCUGUUAUGUAGGUACUGUUGGGAAAAAAUCUCGACAGGAGAGCAAAAUGACUUAGAUUACGUUCCAGUUCCAAAGAACAUUCUAGAAGGAAAUAUUAAGGACAUAAUGAUGUUCAAUGGUCAUCGAGGAAAAAGAAAAACUCUAGAAGGAGGAGAUGAAAAAAAGAUAAAUUCUUCAAAUUCAUUUAGGAAAGAAAAAUAAAAGGGGACAGGCAAUCCAUAAUCAACUCUCUUAGCAUUUUCACUAGUUAGAUUGUAUGAUUCCGUUAUGAAUACAUUUAUAUUGAAGACAAUGAUCCAUAUCUAAAAUUAAAAAUUCUAAUAAAUAAAUCUUAUGAAAUUUAUUGAUCGUCAAUUGAAUUCAUAUAUUUUUUAUUUACCAUUUGAUAUUAGAUUUAACGACUUGUAAGGGGUUGAUGAGUUAGAAAACAAAAAGUGGAAACAAAUAACCACAAGUAUAUUUAUUUGUUGAUUUGCUUCUCAAGUUGACAAUUAUUCUCCCUGUUGCAACAAUGAGAGAUAAUUUCACUAAUGAAAGAACGAUCUUCGC